AUGGGCUUUUGUGCACCGCCAACCCCAAAUUUUGGAUUUCUGGACACGGGAUGUUCCGUUCUUGGUGGUAUCAAGGUCAAUCCUAGUGUUCAAGAUCAAGGGUCCAGUUGUUCAAGCAAUGAUUUUUACAUAUCGCAGCAUAAUCUUGCCCAUCAUUGGCAACGACCUCAUAUGGUUCCCCAUUCAGUGGGUUUCCCUCGACUUUUGACAUGGACAACGCCAUGGGUUCGGGAUUGUAUGGCAGUUCGACAUGCAGGACAUUGGCCUUUCGAAACUCGCGAUAAUCGGUUGAGGAAUAGAAAUAUGUUAGAAGUGCUGGAAGAUCCUGCUGAUAAUUCGGUGACAUUGUGGUGUGUAAGUGAGCUUUCAACAAGGAAGCGCUUGAUGGAAUUUCGUUUGCAUCAUUCAAGAGAUGAGGGAUUUGAUGAAUGGAGAAUUUUGUCCGAUAGGGAUGAAGAUCAAGAGAUUCAUAAAUCUGAUAGAAUGAAAAUAAUGGAGGGAAACUGGAGUUCCUCUACAGAUGUGUCUAGAAAACGGCAGAUUUAUAGUCCCAAUUCUGAUAAUCCAAAAUCUUGCCGAACAUUAGAUGUCAAUACUGCCUUACUUGAGCUUCGAUCUUAUAAGCCCACUGGAGAAAGAUGUCGAAUCUUAGCUCGCAGUGAAAAAGAAUUGUAUCUCUGCGAUCCAGAAAAUAAUGUUGUUUUGACACUCUUUAACCGUCCUGUCCAUUCUCUAUCGUUCAUACCUUAUAUGAACGAUGAAAUUGUGUUUCUUGAUGAUGGUGGUCUAAUUUGGUAUGGAGAAAUGAAUAGCAAUUUUAUCCAAACAAAGUGUGGUUAUGAUAUUGAGUCAGUAGCUGGAUCAGACCAUCCACGAUUGAUAUAUGCAGCUAGCAAAGAUGCUGUUCAUUUAAUUGAUUUGAGAACUGGCGCUUCAGAUGGUGACUUACUGUAUACUAUUCCUGAAUAUGAUGAUACAUCACGGAAUUCAUACCAUUUCCAGUACAAAGGUGCUUUUGAGAAGCAAAAUAUACACCAGUUAUACAACUUGCCCGAUGUUCCCCAGAUGCUUCUUGUUUGUACAUCGAAAAAGUUUGUACUUGUGGAUGAACGAAUGCGUGGACUCAUUUGCUUGGAAAUGGCUCAUAGUAUCUAUCAUGGCGGACAUCACAUUACGAGUGCUCCACCCAUUCGAGAUAAUGAUCGAAAUGGCACUAUUUAUCCCUUCUACGUUUUGCAACAUACUAUAUAUCCUGAUGUACAAACAUUUUCCUUGUAUCGUCAUUCGGACAGCACGACAUGGUCAUCUUUGGCAUCGAUCAAACGACUGCAGGAGCCUCGUAGUGCAGCUUCAUUUUAUCGAGAACAACCUAAAUAUAAAGUGCGAGUCCCUCGCUUAGCUGAAAGGCUUUUAUUCGGAAAUGGACCAACUCGAGCCGUUUCUUUCCUAAACACUUAUGCUGAUGCUGGUAAUGAAAAAUCAUUUCUUUUCCGAAUGAUGGAUGAUGGAAGCCUAUGGUAUGAACAGAUUAGUAUCCAGAAUGAUCAAGAUUUAUCAGAGAAAAUAUUAUGGAGGGAAGCAUCGACAGUGAAAGAUGUAGUUGAUUCUAACAAAUUCGGUAUGGGAAGGCUUCAGCAAAAAACGGCCGUUUUCGAUGUGGAAUUUGAUCUUGGUGCUUCAGAAAAUCUUUUUUUGGACACUGAUGCUGAAACAUUACAGCCGCUGGAUACGCAUUCUGAAAAUAGCUAUCCUGAACCACAAAUAGUGAGAGAUGUUGCCGAUGAGCAACUUUUUUCAAAGAUUGUGCUACAAGGUUGUCCAAAGGAAGCAUACGGGUUUCGUGGAUCUUUUGGUUUUUCUAAGCCAUUGUGGUAUGAAGCGGGGCACUAUGGUGGUGGUGAUGUAGUUCCUAUAAAAUCGGAUAACUCUAUCACAAAGAAUUGCUUUUUGUAUGAUAGUGCCCACAUUUCGCAAACCUAUGUAGCUCUUUGCUCCUUAUUGAUUCUGGGAGACGAUUUAAGUCGAGUAGAUAGGAAAGCUGUGUUAGAAGGAAUAUGUUGUGGCCAGCUUAGUGAUGGCAGUUUUCGAGGACAGCAAGGAACGGAAAAUGACAUGCGUUUUGUCUAUUGUGCCAUCGCAGUAUGUCAUAUGCUGAAUGAUUUUAGUACAAUUGACAUGAAAUCAGUACUGAAAUUUAUUCAGAGGUGUGUUAACUUUGACGGUGGUAUCGGUCAAGCACCUUCUCUUGAAAGUCAUGGAGGCUCAACAUUUUGUGCUAUAGCUGCAUUAGCGAUGGCUGGACAUUUAUGGGAUGAGAGUGUUCUGACGCAUAAACAAAUUGAAAAACUUGUGAAGUGGGCGCUGUGGAAACAAAAUGAGGGUUUUCAUGGUCGAGCCAAUAAACCGGAUGACAGUUGUUAUGCAUUUUGGAUUGGUGGAACACUUAAGAUUUUGGAUGCUUAUAUGUUCGUAGACAAAGAACGACUUCGAUCGUUCAUCUACUCGACUCAAGACAGACAGUUAGGAGGUUUCGGCAAGUUUAGCGAUGUUGUCCCCGAUGCCUUGCAUACAUGCUACAGCAUAUCCGCAUUAUCUUUGCUGCGUGAGCCCACUCUACGAAUAAUAUACCCACCACUAAAUAUUACCAAGCGGGCAGCCGAACAUCUGACUAAUAUCAAUGCUAAUCGAUAA